AUGGCUUCCAGACAGCAGGGAGAGAGUUGGACCGAGGAGACAAUUUGUCCCAUUUGUCUGGAUUUCUUCACCGAGCCGGUUAUACUGGAUUGUGGACACAACUUCUGCCGCUCCUGUAUCACCCAGAGUUGGGAAAAGAAGGAGAUAAACUCCUGCCCGGAAUGUAGAGAGGAGUUUCCGGAAAGAAACCUCAGGGUAAAUCGGGCCUUAGCGAAUCUGGCCGAGAAAGCUCGAAAAUUAAAGCUGGAUCCGAAAGAGAAGGAAAGUAAACCUCACUGUGAGGUACAUCAGGAAGAACUGAAGCUGUUUUGUGAAACUGACAGGAAAUUGAUCUGUCUGAUUUGUAGAGAUUCACGUGAACACAAAACUCACAACUUCUUUCCGAUCAGCGAGACUGUUGAAAUCUACAAGGAUCAACUGAAAACUUCCUUAGAUUCUCUCACAGAGAAGAAAUCGGCGGUUCUACAAACGGAACUGACCCAGAAACGGAAGAUUUCCGAAGUGAGGGAACAGGCGAGCAGUCUGCAGACCCACAUCACAUCCGAGUUCUCUAAAAUGCACCAGAUUCUCACUGAGAAAGAGCAGCGUUUACUCAGAGAUCUCAGGGAAGAAGAGGAGAGGAUUGUAGAACCAAUGGAGAAAAACCUUCGAGAGAUUCAGGAGAAUUUAAAUUCCAUUGAAGAGGAACUCUCAAAUUUACAGAAACAAAUGGAACAAAAAGACGAAUUGAUGUUUCUGAAGGAGGAAGUUUGUCGGAAGAGAAGGGUUAGUGCGGAGAAGAACACACUCACAGCUGCUGGUGCCUCUUUAUCUCUCAAACAGUUCACUUGCCCUUUGCUGUGCACAGUCUGGAGAGAAACAAUACACACCAUUUAUCCAGCUCCAGCCUCUCUGACUCUGGAUCCGAACACAGCGCAUCCCCACCUCAUCCUGUCUGAGGACCGGACCAGUGUGAGACUCGGAGACACAGAGCAGCCGCUCCCUGACUCCCCGGAGAGAUUUGAUUCCUGUCUCUGUGUCCUGGGAUCAGAGGGAUUCACAUCAGGGAGACAUUACUGGGAGGUGGAGAUGGGGGAGAAGACAUGCUGGGGUCUGGGAGUGGCCCGAGAGUCUGUGAAGAGGAAAGGGAGGAUCACCCCGAGCCCGGAGACUGGAUUCUGGAUUGUGUGGCUGUUACCCGGAUGGGAUUAUUUUGCCGCCACCUCCCCCUCACGGACCCCCCUCUCCCCGAGUGUGAAUCCCCGGAAGAUCGGGGUUUUCCUGGACUAUGAGGGUGGACAGGUGUCAUUUUACAAUGCGGACACCAUGUCCCAUCUCCACACUUUCACCCACACUUUCACUGAGAGGCUCUUUCCCAUCUUCUGUCCGGGAGGGAAUGACGGCGGGAAAAACUCCGCCCCGCUGACAAUCUGCGGGAUUAAAGGGCACUGACAGAUCCAUCCCAUAAUUUCACCCCGUCCCCCUGCCUCCUGCCAGCUGUAAACUGAUGGGGGUCAGUCUCAGUCUGGGGGAGAGAGGAGGGGGAGAGAAGAAACAUAUAGAAGCUCAAUUGUAGAGAGGGACUGACUGGGUAGAAUGGGCUGUGAGCUGCAGGAAACCGGGGACCUUCCUGCCUGUAAUGUUGCUCCACAGGCGGGAGGUGGCGCUACAUGAUGGUGUUGGAGAUGAAUCAGUCAGUGGGUCUCAGACUGGGCUAUGGGGAGUCUUUGCAGGGGGAGAAAGUGAGGCCUGCAGAUGAUGGAGAUCAGAGCUGAAAUAUGUGUUGCUGGAAAAGCGCA